GGCCAAGAUGCCAAUCUUUGGUAGGAAUCACGUCCGCUUCCAGAGCAGCGACGGAAUCCUUUUCAAUGUUUCAGAGGAGGUUGUUGAGAUGUGCCCAACUGCGAAGCACUUACUGUUGAAGAAACGAACAUGGUUUAGGAAUGCCUUGGGAGGCAGUGUUUUUUCUAUCGAAGGCAUUCCUGCGCAUGUAUUUAGCGUGCGGUAG